CAACAACGUCGCCACCACGCUCCAUAUCAUCGCACGCGCCGUCUGCUCCCUCUACACGCCCUGCAGCAGACGUGUCGCUUCCCGGGCCGACGUCAUCGCCACAAAAGCCAAGAUCGAAGCCUCAAGACAGCAAUGAAGACGGUCAUGCUGUGCCCCCCAUAGCGACCACCCCUGAGGUAUCCCGAAUGCGAAACUCGCCGACCACCACGCCGACCGCCUCUGACCGCCUGGACCCACAGAACGACAGACCUACAGAGGCCAAGAAGCGCCUUCACCCUGACCCUCACCAAUUCCGUCCUCCACCGCCGAUAACCCGCCCGCCGACUUCAUCUCCGUCCACCUUCGCAAACACCUCGACCCCUCCAUCGCUGUCCAAGCCUUCGUCUAUCUCGUUGCCGCCGCCGCGUCCGCCCGUCUUCCAGUCUGUCUCAAGCGACGCCAUCGACGCGCCCCCAGCACGCAAGAAGCCGCGUCUUCUCCCGCGCCACGAGCGCUUUACUUUCAGCGGCCCUUCGAUCAAUCGUCUGCAGCCCCCAUCGCCGCUGUUCUUCUCAAACUCUCCGCGGCCGCGUCCGCAUCUGCCACCGCGCUUCACCUCGUUCGAGGCCGGUGCUACAAUGCUGAGCAAGGCGAAUACUGAGGACAGCCAUGUCAAGACUGUAACUCUGGCACGCGGUACCAUCUCGAAUCCCUUGCGCCGCUCCAUCGAUCGCUCCAGUACCGGUCGCAGUUCUUCGCCCGAUCUUCGCGGUGAUGUCUCGCUCAAUUCCAUUGGCAUCAUUGAGCUUCUCGACCAUGACGACCGUCCCGCUAUGAUCAUCGAUUUGACAGAUGGCACAAACAAUGCAGAGGGUCCGUUACGACCUGUCUUUACAAACACGGCUUUGCGCUCAUGCCCCGACCUCAUCAAUGCCCUGAUGGGAAGCAGUCGAGAGCAGGACGAAGCGACCUCUGCACAGUUCAAGGCGUGGGUCCUCGGAUCGCAAGUCAGCAGUGAUCCGCCGGUCAUGCCACUAUCGACUCACGUCUACGCGGGUAUGGCCUGGUCAUGCUCGACGUUGCGCAAGCGGCUACGCAUCAUAAGUGGCGCUUCAGCUGUCGCAAGUUCGGCUGGUCUUCCAGCUGCAUCCCUGAGACGUCAUUCUUCCAACUCGACCUCUACCUCGGCCAUGUCAUUGUCACAGCCAUCAGCUUCAUUACCAAUCUCUGGUUCCGUGUUACCCACGACUCUUGAAGAACCUGAUGAUUACUUCGGCAGUGCAGUCCCUCCAACCUCGGCUCCUGCCACAGCAGAGAUAUCGCCCUCUGUAAUUCCUUCAACUGAAACCAUCGACGACAAGUCACAGGAGCCCUCACCACAUUCUUCGCUACCCGAAUCUCAAAAGAUAUCACCCAUGACUGUUCGCGAUGCUACGCUCAUCGACACGCAUCCAUCCUUUGUUAAUGAGCAAGUACUAUGCGCCCAGACUGCGGGCAAUAUUGACUGGUUUGAUAGUUCAUCCGCUGGCUUCUGUCAAGAAGGUCCCUCGUUUGACUGGACCCGCCUCCCCCUCAGCGACUCGAUGCCUCCACACAUUAGAUUCGCGCGCAGCAUUGAUUGGGAAAAGACUCCACUCGGCUCGAUCGAGGGCUGGUCCUCCGACUUGCGCCAAAUGUGUAAUUUGAUCAUGGCCAGUCCUCACCCGGCUGCCAUGUAUUGGGGCCAAGAACUGGUUGCUAUCUACAACGAAGCCUAUGUCAUGCUUGCUGGGCAGAAACACCCAGCUUUGAUGGGACAACGUUAUUCUGAUGCGUGGAGCGAAAUAUGGCCGGAUGUCAAGGACGUUUUCGCGAACGCGCUACACACGGGCGAAGCAACCAUGAAAGACGAUGACCGCCUGUUCAUCAUGCGUAACGAUUACCUUGAAGAAACGUACUUUUCUUGGUCCAUCAUUCCCAUGGUGGGUGGUGAUGGCAGUGUGAUGGGAUUGUACAACCCUGCUUUCGAAAAAACAAGGCGAAAGCUUGCCGAACGACGCAUGAUAACUCUUCGUGAGAUUGGCGAGCGGACCGCGCCAGCGAGGGACGUCAAAGGCUUCUGGGGCCAGGUGCUCGCCGCGUUGGAUUUGAACGAACACGAUACACCUUUUGUUAUGCUAUACUCUGUCCAAGAUGAGACUGACAGCGAUGCGUCAUCCAUUCAUUCUAGCAGUGUCAUGGCCAACAGGCAGUGUAUCCUUGAAGGUACUUUGGGUGUACCCGAGGAUCAUCCCGCAGCUACUCCAUGUUUUGACCUCAAGACUGGUAUGGAAGGCCUUGGUCCGGUGUUCCGCGAAGUCAUGAAGACCGAUAAACCCGUUCUGCUCGAAGUCGGCACAAAAGACCUCCCGGUAAAGCUACUCGAAGGACUUGGCGGGCGAGGUUUUGAUGACUCCUGUCGCAAUGUUGUGAUUUGUCCUAUUCAUCCAACCACGGGAGAAGCUGUUCUCGGAUUUCUGGUCAUGGGCGUCAAUCCGCGAAGGCCGUAUGACGAGGAUUACAGUCUAUUCAUUCAGCUACUUAACAGACAGCUGGCGACAUCUCUAGCCUCUGUGGUUCUCUUCGAAGAGGAAAUCAGGCGAGGCCAAAAAGCAGCAAAACUUGCCGCUAUUGACAGAAUGGAACUCUCUGAACAAUUAGCUGCUCGUACCAAGGAAGCCAUUGAGAGCGAGACGAAAUUCACUAGGAUGGCUGAAUUCGCUCCUGUCGGCAUGUUCAUAGCCAAUUCCGAGGGUACCAUCACCUAUUGCAACGACACAUGGUUUGAGAUCUCCCGUGUCUCGAGGGAAGAGAACACUCCGGAUCAUCAUUGGAUGAAUGCUGUAAACGAUGAUGAUCGCGAGUUGCUCAACAAGCUCUGGCAUGAUCUCAUUAUCGAGAAGAAACCGCAAACUGGCACAUUCCGCUUCAAGUCCAAAUGGCAUGGAUCUGAAGGGUUGGAGGGUGAUCGCUGGGUACUCUUUUCUGCUUACCCAGAAAAGUACGAUGACGGAAAGCUCAAAAGCGUCUUCGGUAGUCUGACGGAUAUUAGCAAGCAGAAGUGGGCUGAAGGUUUCCAAAAGCGCAAGAUGGAGGAGGCUGUCGAGCUCAAGAGACAGCAAGAAAACUUUAUCGACAUCACCUCGCACGAGAUGCGCAACCCAUUGUCUGCUAUCUUGCAAUGUGCAGACGAGAUUUCCACAACAAUGAGCCGCAUCCGAGACAGCCUCGCUGGCCAAUCCGAAUUGGCCGCGCCGGUUAACAAAGUGCUCAGCGAAGGCCACAACAUCGACGAGACCCUGGAUGGUGUUCUGUCAAGCACAGUGGACUCGGCUCAAAUUAUCGCUCUUUGUGCCCAACAUCAGAAGAGAAUCGUGGACGAUAUCCUGACACUAAGUAAGCUGGAUUCACAAUUACUGUUGGUGACUCCGGUGGACGCACAACCUCUUACUGUAGCUCAACGGGCGUUGAAAAUGCAUGAAGGAGAGCUUCAAACUGCCGAUAUACAGCUGAAGUUCGUUGUCGAAGACUCAUACAAGAACCUUGGCGUCGACUGGGUAAAGUUUGAUCCUUCGCGUGUGUUGCAAGUCUUGAUCAACCUCACCACGAACGCAAUCAAAUUUACAACCACUGAGAAGAAACGCACGAUCACCGUCACGCUUGCAGCGUCGACCAAACGCUUCUCCGAACUGGAGAAUGGCGUGGUCAACUACUUCCCCACACGCAACAAGCAUUCAGACCUCACCAAAGAGAAGGACUGGGGUGACGGUGAAGAGAUAUACAUACAUUUUGCCGUCCAGGACACAGGGCGAGGCCUCAACGACCAGGAAAAGAAAAUGCUUUUCCUUCGCUUUUCACAGGCCUCACCGCGUACUCACGUACAAUAUGGAGGGUCUGGUCUGGGCUUGUUCAUCAGUAGAGAGCUCACUGAGUUACAAGGCGGCGAGAUUGGUGUCGCCUCUGAGGCAGGAGUUGGCAGCACCUUCGCUUUCUACGUCAAAGCGAAACGAAGCAGUGCACCCCCAGAGACCGAAGGAUUGGCGCGCCCAGCUGUGCGCGCUGCCAGUGAUGCCACAGGCAAGAAGGUGCCAACCACGGUCAAUGCCAAAGCUGGAGGAGCCAAGGACAUUGGAAAAGUCCCUAAGCCCAUCAAAGUCCUCGUAAGUUUUCUGUUCGAGUCUCUGAUCACACCUUCUCCCAACUCCUCUAUCUCCAAAUACCCCUCAUUUUCAUGACCUUGUGCUGACCAGUCUCACAGAUUGUAG